AUGCGCCACAUCAUUGCAUACAGAGGAUCAGAGCUGCAGUCCCCCACCUAUGUGCCCUGUAGAUCGGCCGGAAACCACGAAAAUACUUUUAAAGACUUCCUCGACUGGGCAAACGUUACAUCGCUUACUAAGCUGUACACCUCGGCUAUCUAUGGCCUCACACUAGAUGGCAGUCUUGUGAAGGCGGAUCCCAAGAAGAUGAUCGGUCGUGGAGAGCACGACCAAUCUGCCAAGAUGAGAUCUCAAAACUCGGAGGGGCUGGUGUCGGUGCUAACGGUGCAUACAAAUGAGGACCUCGGGAAUAUUAUACGCUUAUCAAGCACGUUCGUUCAUGUCAGCGGCCCCACCAUCCAUCGAUCACACAUAGGUUCACGAAGACACUCUAUCCGCCCGUAUUUGAUCGAUGAGAUACACUAA